AUGGACCAAGUUCGCCAAACAUGGGGGACGGAGAAGACAAUCAUGUUGCGAGAGAUUGAGGGUCUCAAGGAACGUGUUCAUCGCCUUGAAGGUGAGAACUCGAUUCUCAAGUCCAUCGCCAUCCAGGCCACUGGUAUCGUGUGGCCAGUGGGCAGCCAGCAGGGCGGUAGUAGUGGCGCUUCAAUGGAGAAUUCAUACUCCUCUACGACCUCAAGUCAGUCGACGUCACGAUCCCAAAACCCAUCCAUUCCGGUCAGCUUCUCCAGGACAGACCCUUUCUCUCUAUCUCUAGGCCUCGACGGUGCACCCUGUCGGGCUCACUUCCGCAGUCCUGGCGGCUCUUGUAUGGCACCCAGCCGCCCGUCCAUCCCUGCGCCCAUCGUCCCCUUGGAUCCUCUAAUCCAGCCCGAAAAAUCCAUUGACAAAAACUUCCGCUCUUCUCCAUCAGGGGAUUUCUUUGGGCCGGCUGCGAGCAUUGACGUGCAGGACCCCAGGUUGGACGGCAUCACCGCCAAGGAAACUGCCGUCAAGAGAUAUACCUUUACUGUUGGUGACGAGCAUGCUGAAACUCCCCCAUCUCCAACAACCUCACCUCCAGUCGAUGCUGUCCAUAACCCGGACAGGAACCGAAACUCCUCCAUCGACGGCCCAUCAUCAGGGAAGAACACUCCAUUCGCCCUCACACUCGCAGAACCCACGCGGAUGGCAAUACAUGUCAGUCACACAUCCUGUCGCCCUCUCUCACUCAUCCCCACCGUCUCUAGCACCGAGAUGAGUUCCCUCCAUGACCGAAGCUAUACCACGACUCCGACACCUGAGAUGGUCGCAGAUGCGUCAAUGCAUCCCACAGAGCCGGAAAACUUUGAAAAAAGCGCCACUGGCCAACGAUCUCAUGAGGCAUGGCGAAACGAGCAUCCAAAUCAUCUAGAGCCCAUGCUCGACUCCGUGAAUAACAAACUACUCAAGGGACCUUUGAUUAAGGACAUUCGUACUCUAGAUGAGAUAUUCUGUGAGGUGGUCAACCAGAAGCUCAAGCCGGUCGGGCGGAGUUUGCCACAGAGCUCGGAGUUUAAUCCUGACCCUCAGGGCAUGGAUGCCCCGGAUUAUAGAAGAUAUAGUUGGUGGAGAUCCAAUGGCGCGCAUGCAAAUACCUAUGAUGACGACUGCGACAUACCCGGUCGCGAGAGCGUGGAAGCGGAUAUUCCCCUCAAGUUCAAGUCCACGUCAAAUUUUGGGGCACCAUUUGGCACAGUCUAG